AUGGGAUGGAUGAAGAAGAAGUCUAGGAGCUUCCGAUUGAGCACCGGCUCGAUCUUUCACACGGUGACUCUCCAACCAGAUGAGACGAUCACAGUUACGAAAUACCAGGCUAAGCGUACCCAGAAGAUUGAGAGCUUCGUUAGUACCUAUCGGUACAUUCUCGAGGUGCCGGAGAGUCAUUGCUAUCUCCCAAUGGAGAUUACACUGAAGAAUAGAAUGCAGUUAGCCUUCAAUUGGAGUUAUCUUGAUAAUCUUGUCUCCACUCACGGCAUUCAUGAGUCCUAUGAGCUUUCUUCGGUGAUGCUUGCUUUGGAUACCAGUUUUCACUACCUUCCAUAA